AUGUGCCUCGUCACCCUCGACCGAACGCACCCCCCACGCGUCCUGCCUUGCCCCAUAGCGUCAUCCCCGACGAGACCCGCAGCUGCGCCCCACCCCGUUCCCCUCCGGCGCAGCCCGCGCAUCCCGGCGGCCCGCCGCGCCCACCUCGGCUGCCCGCCGGUGCCCCGCUGCCCUGCGACGCCUGCUUCGCCUCGCCGUUACCACGCACACGACCUCGCAUGCCCUACCCACGCACCGCCGCGCGCGCCCGCGUGCUUCCCCACUGCGUUCCGCUCCGGCCCGCGCCCAGCACGCCCCGCCUGCCUCGCUCUGCCGCGCUCGUCGCGUGCAACGGCGGCCAAGCCCCACACCGCGCGUGCACGCGCCCUCCCCUCCCGCGCGUCCUCGCCACCACUCUGCUCGCCUGUUGCUGCACUGCAACCCGUCGCCGCGCCCAUCGCGCUCCCGCCGCCUCGCGCCGCGCCUGCGGCCCGGCCUGCGGCGCCGCCUCUAGCUACCCCGCGCCGCUCCUCCUGCACCGGCCCACACCCCGCUGGCCGCCGGCGCCCCGUCGCCCUCUCCCCUGGUGGCCUGGGCGGGCGCCCUAACGGGCGGCUCCCGUGCCCGGCAACCGCGUGGCCAAGCCCGCCCCACUAA